AUGGCGGCUCGCCUGUGGAGGCCAUGGAACCCCGCGUGCUGGCCAUGCGUGCUGGCCAUGGCGGCUCGCCUGUGGAGGCCAUGGAACCCGCGCCUCGCGCCGGCGUCCCCGGCCGGGCCCAGCAGCGCCGCGGAGGCCAUGAACCCCGCGCCCAGCGCGAGCACGCCCCUCCUGCCGGCGCCGGUUGCCGCCGCCGGCGCAUCGGAAGACGCCGACGCCGCAUCGGAAGACGCCGACGUGGACGAGGACGCGGAGGAGCUGCAAGAAGCGACGGUGGUAAGGGCGCGGCUGCUUGGUCGGGCGGCCGAAGGCGACGGGAUUGGGUUGGAGGCCAUGAUAAAAAAAACAACCAGUUAUAUAAGUUCUGACAUAGAGGUUGCAUUAGUCAAGUGUGGAGGACUUCCCAAAAUAAUAACCGCUGUAUGUCACUACAUUGAGAGCAAAAGAAAUGUGUGGGAGCUGAAAUAUGACUUCAUAGAUAUAUUGAAAAACAAUCUAUAUUGUGGUGAUCUUGAGGGUCUCUUUAUCUGGAUGCAGUCAUACUUUCGUUCUUGUCCGGAUUUCCUCAAGCCUUGUGUCUUUUACCUGCCAAUUUUCCCUCCAAACUACAACAUUCGGCGCAGGCGUCUAUUAAGGCGAUGGAUUGCAGAGGGCUACUGUAUGAGCACUAUUAGUUCUAUUGCUGAGAAUAAUGCUGAGACUUCCUUCGAGAAGCUCAUGAGUCUAAGCAUGAUCCAGGAGCCAUCACAGGCAAUCAAUUUGCCAGGCUUGGGCAUAAAUUUCUGUCAAAUAAAUGGGUUUUUUCAUGAGUAUAUUAUGUCACAGCCAAAGGAAGAUAAUAUGGUGUUUGCACUCGGGGGGGAUAAUCAAAGCCAGCAGUACACAGGGCGACACCUUACCAUCAGGAGCAACUGGGACAGAUCAGAAUUGUUUGAGAUUAUCGACUUCUCACGGCUACGAUCUUUGACAGUGUUUGGAGAGUGGAGGUCAUUCUUCAUCUCUAAGAAGAUGCAGAUGCUUCGGGUGCUUGAUCUGGAAGACACCACAUCAGAUGUAUCAGAUGAAGAUGUCGAGCAAAUAGUGGAUCUAAUGUCACGCCUCAAGUUCCUCUCCCUGCGAGGAUGCACUACGGUAUCCCGUUUGCCCACUUCAUUGGGCAAUCUGAAGCAGUUGGAGACUCUAGAUGUGAGACACACCUCUAUAACCAUGCUGCCAGAGACCAUCACCAAGCUGCAAAAGCUCCAGUAUAUCCGUGCUGGCUCCACAGUUCCAUCAACAGAGUCACAGUCAAUACAGCCAGGAUCCUACAGGUUACCCAAGUUUCGCCGACACCAGUUUAUCAGCGCUCAUCUUGGUGUUAAGGUGCCCAGAGGGGUAGGGAAACUGACAGGUUUGGAUACUCUGGGUGUUGUCAAUGUUGGUGCCUCUGGGGGGAAUGCCUUCCUGAAAGAGGUCAAGAAUCUUAUCCAACUGCGCAAGCUUGCAGUGUCCGGCAUCAACCGUCAGAACAUCUCGGAGUUCGUUUCUGCCAUCUCGGCUCACAGCCUUUUGAACUCUUUGUCAAUGCGUCUUGAUAAGGAUAAGAAGGUUGCCUUGUGUUCUGUGUAUGAUAUCUCCAAGCCUGAGCUGAUUUCCUUGAAGAGCCUUAAGAUUCACGGGGAUGUAGACAAUUUUCCAACCUGGAUGGACCUGUUUUUUAAUUUGAAAAAGUUGGAUCUUGAAGUGACCAUAUUAACGCAAGAGAUGAUUGAUACCCUUGCACAUAGGUAUUUAUACUUAAAAUGCUUACGACUUUGUGUCAAGCCAACUGAAGAUGGUGAGCACAAUUUUUCUAUCGGUGGUACUUGGGGAUUUAAUCAACUCCGGACCCUCCAGAUUGAUUGCAGCUCCACAUUGCUACUAGCUUUUGGGGGAGAUGGAACGGGGAGGCUUGAGGUGCUGAAAGUUCGCAGCUCUAGUGGGACGCAGAUUUCUGGGCUAGCGAACCUAAAGGGACUCCAGCAAGUCUGGCUUAUAGGUUCUUGUGACAAUGCACUCAAGCAAGACGUUGAGCGCCAACUUGCACAGCAUCCAAAUGAGAUCAAACCUGUCUUGAAGCUGGAGGAAGUAUCUUCUACCCAAGUUGCAGAGCAUCCAAAUGAGAUCGAACCUGUCGUGGAGCCGGAGGAGGUAUCUUCUACCCAAGUUGCGGAGCAUCCAAAUGAGAUCCAUAAUAUGGGAUCAAACCUGUCUUGCAGCUCGAGAGAUUCAUGA